AUGCCACUCAGGUCCAACUUUUGGUAUCAUGGUUUGGGGGCAAUCAGUUACGACAGCAGGAUCGAGUUGAUAGUUGUUGAAGGCACAAUGACCGCACGCCAGUAUGUGGACAGGGUGAUCCAUCCAGUAGUCAUACCUUUCAUGAACACCACUCAAAAUGGUAUCUUCCAACAAAAUAAUGCCCAUCCUCAUUCUGCUGCCAUCACAAGACAGGCCUUGCAAAGUGUUGCAAUCAUGGAUUGGCCCACCUGGUCUCCAGAUUUAUUCCCUAUAGAGCAUGUCUGGGAUGCCAUGGGUAGACUGAUUAUGUGUCAUAGCCAUCCAGCGUGCAUUGUACAACAACUGAUUGCACAAGUUGUGCAGAAACAUGUACCAAAUAGCAAUAAAACUUUGUGCAAUUCAUUUCAUUUUGUGUUCAUUUCUUCUGGGAAUUUAACAUCGGAAGGAAUUGAUGAAUGUAGUGAAGGUUUAGAAAAUAUUACUGUCAAUGCAAUUAUUCAGAAAGCUUUAGAUAGUGAUUUACGAGAAAUUGGUGCAAAAUUCCUACCUGAAGAUAUCAACAGAGGAAGAAUUGAAUCAAUAACUGGACCAGCAGUUCUUCAGAUUCAGAAAAUACGUAAUGUUAGUUCACCAAAAGUAAACAGUGGUUAUAGCAAUGCUCCUGACUUGCUUAGAGUUCAACUAACAGAUGGUCACACCACUUGUAAUGCUAUACAAUGGGGUAACUGGAAAUCAAUAAGCCAAGACAUACCUCCAGGUACAAAAUUAUACUUAAAACCAGGAAAAGUUAAAAUUCAAAAUUCCUUCUUAAUUCUUAGUGAAAAUCACUUCACUGUUUUGGGAGGAGAUGUGAGUGCUUUAAUAGAAAAAUGGGAGCUUAAUAAAAGUCUUGCUUGCCAUAUACGUGCUACAACUGGAUCAGAUGGUGGUCCACCUCCUUGGAUUCCAUUUGGACAACACAUUGAUACUAAUUCAUUGAAAAAUAUCAGAGGUAACUUUAAAUCAUUAGAACAAACUCAAAAAGAAGGUAAAGAAAAUGAAGCUUUUGAACAGCAAAGAAAGGCUACUAUAGCAGAAAUAGCUCGAGCUAAAGAGGGAAAAAAGAAAAUUUUUGGUGGAGGAAAACAGAUUCCAGAUGGUGAUAGUAAUAUUUCAAAUUCUUCAAUUUCAUACAACAAUAAAUCAAUGAAUUUAAACUUUAAAAAUGGAAUUUCUGAAUCAGUUACUGUUCCUUCAAUGCAUCAGAUUGCUACAAAAAGUCAAGCAAAUAGCAAAUGGGAAAAUAAAACUGUUUCAUCAAAACAAGAUCAGAAUAUUAAGAAACGAGAAAAGAAUAUACAGCAGUCUGAUGGUAUUGUACAGAGUCGACCUUCAGGUCAAUCUACACUCUUUGACUUUCUUCAAACUCAAAUUUCUCUUCCAGCAGGUAUAACAACAUUUUUAAUUUGCUUUUGAUUGCUUUUGUAUAAU